AUGGGUAUUGGGAACGGAUCAUCAAGCAAUGUGUCGCACAAAGCGAUGCAAGAUGAGACCACGCCGCUUCUCCCGAUCAAAGCUGAGGAGGACGCAGUUCAUGAGUUCGACGGAGCUUCUUUCUCUGGUGCUGUCUUCAAUCUGUCGACGACCAUUGUAGGGGCCGGAAUCAUGGCUCUGCCUGCGAGUAUCAAGAUGCUAGGUCUUAUCCCCGGUAUUCUAAUGAUCAUCCUUGUGGCGUUGCUCGCCGAGGCAUCCAUUGACAUGCUGGUCAGGUGCAGCCACCAGGGCAAGAUUACAUCCUACGGGUGGUUGAUGGGUGACACCUUUGGUCAAUGGGGGAGAAUUGCACUACAGGCAUCCGUGGUGAUAAACAAUGUCGGCGUGUUGAUUGUAUACAUGAUUAUUAUUGGUGAUGUCCUAUCAGGAACAUCAUCAACAGGUGUUCAUCACAGUGGUGUAUUUGAGGGGUGGUUUGGACCUCAUAUGUGGAAUUCUCGUCCCAUUGUACUUCUCGCUACAACUCUUCUUGUGUUUGCUCCAUUGGUGAGCUUUAAGCGUUUGGAUUCAUUGAGAUACACAUCUGCACUAUCAGUUGCUCUUGCUGUGGUUUUUGUUGUCAUCACUGCUGGGGUUGCUAUUGUCAGACUCAUCCAAGGAACUGUGGAGAUCCCCAAACUCUUUCCUGAGAUAGAUGGAGUUAGUUCCAUCUGGAAACUGUUCACAGCUGUGCCUGUUCUUGUCACUGCCUACAUCUGCCACUACAAUGUUCACAGCAUUGAUAAUGAGCUGGAGGACAAGACUCAAAUUAAACCAAUUGUACAGACCUCACUGGGACUCUGCUCAAGUGUUUAUGUUGCAACAAGCUUCUUCGCAUAUCUCCUCUUUGGCGAGGCUACCCUGGCUGAUGUGCUUGCCAACUUUGACUCUGAUCUUCGCAUUCCAUUCAGCUCUGUCUUCAAUGACAUAGUGAGAGUGAGCUAUGUUGUCCAUAUCAUGCUUGUCUUUCCUAUAGUCUUCUUUGCCCUUAGGCUCAACUUGGAUGGAUUACUCUUCCCCACCGCAAGGCACAUUUCCCGUGACAACAGGAGGUUCACCAUUAUCACCAUCUCACUCAUUGCUGUAAUUUAUCUUGCUGCCAUCUUCAUACCGAGCAUCUGGGAUGCAUUCCAAUUCACUGGCGCCACAGCUGCUGUGCUUAUCGGUUUCAUCUUUCCUGCCAUGAUUAUACUCAGGGAUCCAUAUGGUGUUUCAACCAAGCGUGACAAGGUUUUGGCAGUAACAAUGAUUGUGCUUGCUGUGGUGUCCAAUUCUGUGGCCCUGUACAGCGAUGCGCUCAACAUCUUCUACAGGAAGCAGGAGGCCUAG